AAAAUGGAGUUAUAAGGCAUGAGGGUAUUUUGGGAAUAUUUGUAAAUAAAUUGUGUCGGGGAUGUAGUUAAAUUGAUUUUAAUCGAAGCUUUGCAAAGAAAGAAUAUGAAUUGAAGAUCGUGUGAUUGGCGCUCUGUGUUUCAAGAGAUGUCGGCGUAUGAGAAUGUUGUUGGUGGUAAACUGAAGCUGAAGGGAAAAGCAUUGGAUGUUGCCGGUGGAAUCAAGAAGAAGAAAAAGAAGAAUAAAAGAAAUCAACAACAGUUUUUGCAACCAACUGAAGAUGAAAUUUCAGCAGGUGGAAGUACGGAACAAGCUAAAGAUCCUAAUGACGAAGAAGUAAAUGAUGGGGGUGAAUUGAACGGGGAAGAGAAGCCUGCUCAUUAUGAUGAUCAUCUUACACCAGCAGAGAGGCGGUACAUAGAACAGAGGGAGCAACUUGAUGUUCAUAGAUUGGCCAAGAUUUCUAACAAAUCUCACCGCGAUAGGAUUCAGGAUUUCAAUCAAUAUCUCGCAAACAUGAGCGAGCACUAUGAUAUUCCUAAAGUUGGUCCUGGGUGACUCAAGGAGUUGUUCAAGUAUGAAGAAGGCAAAUCCCUGUCAUUUGUAUUUGUAUGUUUAAUACUGACACCAUAUGCUUGCACGGUAGUUUUUUUUCACUACAUUUUGGUUUGGACUAAGCUAUACUUCUGAUGAUAGAAUUUGUGCAAGUAUGAAGAAGUGAAGGUUUUUAUUUGUAGGGAAGUGAUGUUAUUAUUGCCUUCAAUGAAAUUUCCAAAUUUCAUAACAAUGAAAGGAAAAUGCUUAUAUAAAUUGUUAAUUGCUCUGAUGGUGGGAACUGAUUGAUCAUCAGAAGGAAUUUUGCUUGUAAACGUAUGGCUUCUUGUUUUGAACAGAGCAAACAUCUGAACCUUGGUUUUUUAACUUUCUUGCAAUUAUGAACUUGAUGUUACUGGUUUAA